CGGGAUAACACUAAUAUCAAUUCAUUAAAUUGGUACACAGUGGUGCAAUAUUUUACUAUAUUAAAGAAAUAUUACACGUGUCAUGUAAUCAAACUGAAUUUCAAAUAUUUACUGGAACGAUUUAUAUAGAACAAAUGAAAACGAGUUAUGAUAAACAAUGUCUGAUCUUAAAGAACCCAAUCCAUCCUCAACACCAGAACCAUCUAAAGAAACAGCAGGGGUACCACCAGAAUGUACACAGAAUGCAAGAGACCCACCUCCUGGGAAUAUAAUGGAAACAUCAGCAGUGUGUGUAACCGAUAAAGCGAUUGAUGGUAUGAAGCUACAUGAUGACGUCAAUGCCAGGAGUCCAAAAUCUUCCCCAAAGAGACUGAAUAAGCGGGCCAGUAAGCGGUACUGGACAGUCCAUUUCUACAACUCCGAGGAGGCCACCUCUAAGCUGACCGGUCUGUCGGUGGCGAACUGUAAUCCUACUUCAGAGCAUGCAGCGGUCCCAGAGACCAAGGAUGUGGGGAAAUCAGUGCCAGGAGGGGAAAUGCAGCUUGAAACACCACUUUUAGAGCCCACCCCAGAACUGGCCACAAUCAUACAGAUCCCAGAGAGAAUGGCCUGUAACUCAUGUGUCGUGGAAUUCCAAACUCGGGAGGAUCAGAAAGACCAUUUUAAAUCAGAUUGGCAUCGCUACAAUCUGCAGAGAAAACUCAAAGGAAAGACAACUCUGACUGAAGAAGAAUUUGAUGAUGCAUGUGGAGGAUCGGUGUCCAGUAUAUCAGGUUCGGACUCAGACUCGGAGACAGAGAAUACCCCACCCCCACGACUGCCCCGCCCCUUGCAGCUUCAACAGCAGGACGACGCCCUCAGUAGCUGUGACAGUGAGGGAGAAAUAGGUGGAGUAUCUGAAGGAGACACCAAUGCAGCACUGGACGACUCCGCAAGGAAAUAUCCUAAAAUUUUCUUCCGAAAUUCGGAGGGACUGCUGGUUUCUGUCUAUAGAUGUGUUGUCUAUCAUAAAAAGGUUAAGGCCCAGAAUCAGACUGAAUUAAUCUCCUUGAUCAGAAAUAUUCCCGAGGAAAUGAAGUGGGCGGUGUUAAUGUGUGGAGGUGGCCAUUUUGCGGGAGCUGUGUUUGAUAAGGAAAAACUCGUCCUCCACAAGACAUUUCAUCGCUAUGUGGUCAGAGCCAAAAGAGGGACAGCACAGGGAACCAGGGACAGUCAGGGAAAUGCUCCCAAAUCUGCAGGGGCCAGCAUAAGGAGACACAAUGAAGCAGCUCUGAAAGAGGACAUUAAAGCAUUGCUAGAAUCUUGGAAGUCUGACCUAGCCAGCUGUGAUAAGAUAUUCAUCAGAGCUCCUGGAGGCAACAAGAGAUUAUUUCUGCACGGGAAAUCCCCUCCCUUUAACAAGGAUGAUGAGAGAGUUCGGAUGGUUCCUUUCCCGACCCGCAGACCCACGUUAAAUGAGGUCAGGAGGGUGUUUGAAAUGCUGUCCUCCAUCGAGUGUUAUGGGGAUGAAUCAGACAUACAGGAUUUCAUACCUAUUUCACCACCUGUGACCUUUAACCCCACUCUGGGUCACCUGGAGGUCAUAGUUAAAGAUCCUCUGAAGGGCAGACAAAGAAGGUUCUCAGGAGAGAGGUCAGGCAGAGAGGCGUCACCAUUGGCAAGAGAGAAAGCCAAGGAACGAGUGUUAAUACAGGCACAGCAGAUCAAGUUAAUAGAGGAUGAAAUUCAGGGAGAACACCACCUUUCCUCUUCUGGUGGAUCCACCACCAGCAAUGCGGAUCUUGUGGAAUCUAUGGAAGCUCUCUCCACUUUGGAGCUACGGGAGUAUGAGGCUACAAGAAAACCUAACAGAAAGAAACACAGGAAACGGAGAUUGUCAAAACACCAGCAGGAGCCGGACUCAAAUCCACUUGAAGAAGAAAAAUACCAUUUAAAGAAUUCCCUGUUCACCGCAUGCAAGACUGGAGAUGUUGAUACACUGAGGAACUUACUAGCUGUGUUGUCACAAAAUGUUCCAACCCUGGAAUCUCCAGAAAAGAAAGCAGACUCCAUAGUUUUGGAGAACCAGGACAUUUAUCUUCAAAAUCAGAAUGACAUAGACAACACAUGUAUUAAACAGAGUGAAGAAAGUGACAAAAUUCCACAAGAUGUCAAUUUUAAGAGCAAAGAGGAAAUAUUAUCUGAUGAACUUUCUUCAAUAUCCUCAACAGUGCCAGAGACUGAGGUGCUGCUCAGUGAUAAUCUAGAUCAGAAAGAUGCUUUGCAGAAGUCUCAAGGAAAAACAUCUAGUCGACCCGGAUCAUUUAAGUCAGACGAACUCUUGUCUCCAGUUGAUACCAACGACAUGCUCAAUGAGCCCAUAGGUGACAACAAGUACAGUCUGUUACACAUUGCAGCUAAAGAGGGACACAGGAAAGUCAUUCGGUUACUUAUGGAAUGUGGUGCAAAUCCAGCAACAAGAGAUAAGUUUGGCCAGACUCCAUACAACUUUGCUAAGGAUAAAGAAUCCAGAAAUGAGUUCAGAAAAUUCAUGGGACAAUAUCCUGACCGCUAUGAUUACAAAACAGCUCAGAUCCCUAGCGCACUGACAAAUGAUAUGGAACUAGAAAGAAAACAGAAGGCAGCAGAAAAGAAAAAACAACAGAAAAAAGCCAAACAGGAAAGGUUAAAAGAGAGAAGAGAAGAAGAUGCUGUGAAAGAAGCUGAAGAAAAAGAGAAGAAAAGAUUUCUUGCUCUGUCUGACAGGGAAAAGAGGGCAUUAGCGGCAGAGAAAAGAUUGUUAAAAAACUUAGAAGAGACUGGACAGAAUACACCAGUAAUGAGUCGGUGUUUCCAGUGUGGUUCAGACAUGACGGGAAAGGUUCCUUUUGAAUAUUCGGAUUUCAAAUUCUGUUCCCCAAAGUGUUUAAAACAGCAUCGAAUGGUCAAAACAUAAAUUACAAUUCAAUAUAUAAGAUCCUUAUAGAAUAUUUUAUGGAACAUAUUUAUUUAAAAAUUUAUGAUUUAUAAAUAAGUCGCAAUAUAAACCAAUAAAAUGUGACAUAUUUCCGGUUUCCUGAGUUUGUUUUGAAAGCAGGAUGUCAUGAGG